CAGUGUCUGAAUAUUUGCAGACUAGAAACUUCUUCUUAGGUUUCCUCUUCCUGUUUACCUUUUGUGCGAAGUCCUCUGCGUAAGUAUGAAAUGCUUUCGGGUUGUCUUGUGCAUCAAUGCGUUGCAAUAGAGACCGAUGCUGAGUUUUUUUAAUGAAUAUGAAAUAUGCAGGCUUUUAGUUAGUCGCGGGACCGCUUCUACCACGGCCACCUAGCAGACUUAGAAACUGUUUCAUUGAUGAGAUCGGCUGCUAACAACACCAAACUUUUACGCCCCGACGAUCUUCAAUUUGUCUACUAAGAGAGGGUGGAAGUAAGUAGAUGGAUACAAGUUUUUGGAAUGUCCAUAAAAGAACUACUUCAGUGCCGAACAUAUCAUCGAUGAUGUGAAAGGUUUUACAAUACUGAUUUCAUUUCUAUAAUAUCGAGUACAUUUGUGGUCUUCUAAUUGCUGUUCUCCUAAUUCUAGAAUGAGAAAAUAUCUCAUCCUAUUUUUGAAGCGAAUUUCAAACAAAAAGGAUGGAGUUUGGGGCACAUGCGCAACACAUUGCAGAAAGGAAACAAAGGCUUGAAAAGAAAUUUGCUUCGCAUCAUCCCGUACCGAAGUUCCCCCUGAACACCCCGAGCCCUGUCGCAAACAGCUGGAUGGCAUCCGCGGCGACUUCGUUUUCAUCUCGUAUUUUUUUCGCCAUUCUGCAUGUUCUGGGCCAUCUUGCAACUUUGUUAUUAGUUUUCGACUGCAGCCGGACUUGUUUUCCUAACACCAGCCACUAUUCUGAUUUAUUCACUUUCGCAUGUAUGUUGUCUUCCUUUGAGUCAAUGGUGCGCCGGUUCAGUAAAGCUAAAGAUCGAGGCAAACAGUAUUUAUAUAUAAUACAGCUGGAGACUCCGCCAUGGCGUCGCAGCAGCAGCAAAAGCAGUGCGUGACCAAAGGCAUUGCCAACGCGAGUGAGGCUCCUGCGGUGGGGAAGGGUCAGCUAGAACAUGGGUCGGUGACAAACAGUGAAAUGGUGACUCCCAUUACUGCAACGGGCUCGGGCAAAGUCGGUUUGAUGGUGAAGGGCAAUCAAAUGUCUGGCUCGGAACCGUGGAGCAGCAAGGAUUCGAUAGCUAUGAUGGCUCCAUGCGGAAGCAAAAAUAGAAAAGGAUACGGAGUAGCCACUCCCCUCAUGCAGGAAGCCGCAACAUGUGGCUCGAUGGGAGGAGAGCUAACUUCUUCAGGCCGUGUAAAGGAGGAAGAUUCCACUACGGGAGAAUCAGAAGUCACUACAUCAUCCGACCCUAACUUCAGCACCCUCGCCCUGCUUCCAGCUGCAGCUCCAGACAUAGGGCCGCAAGAACAUCAACAAAUGGAAAUGGCGCUCGUCACAGCUAACUCUCCAUUGUUUAUCAUGCACAACGAAGACUUGGGGGCUAUGAUUGUCGAGACCGAAGAUCCGAAUGGCUACAUAGAAUACUUAACUGGUGCUGCUCCCAUCCCCGGGCGCUACUCUCCACAGCCGCGACGCCUUCUGACUCCAAAAGAGGACUUUUCGUAUUAUUUUUCUUGAGUAAAAAAUACACUUUCAAUUUGCCGAAACACCUUGGGCGAAAGUCGUUAUUUUGUCAUUCUUCGAAACUUCUUCUUCACUGGCAAUCUAUGCUUACAUCGGUAAAUAAGAGAACUACUACUCAAAAAAUCCAUGGACUGCUCAUUUACACGUACAGGAUGUCACGAGAUACAUUUGUGAUUUGGGAUCGCGAUGACACCCGAGUGUUCGUCGCAGUUUCCCAGUUGACUUCACGAGCAGCGCGGCUUUCAGGCAGACUAGCACCGCAUCACGGCAGGCCCCUGGGGGAGGAGGUACUACAGCGAGCUGACCUAACAAGAAGAUAGCGCUUCGUGAACUGUUACUGGUUCUAGAUUGUAUUUUUAUCGAAAGAUUUGCGAUACCAGAUACAGAAUUGACUGCCAAAUACAGAGUUGACGAAUAGAAAAGCACGAAUGAAUGCUUACUGUCAUUGAUUGAUGAAACCGUCGAAAUACGCAAGCUUCGUCUUGCUAUUCUACUAUAAAAAUACGUGUCGCGUGUGAUUGACAUUUGCAGGAGGCCCAGCAACGGCGACAGGGUUGCUUCUCUAUGUGGUGGGAUAGUGGCGCUUGUCUGCGCGAGUCACCGAAGAAAAAACUCCAGUACUACCCAGGUCAAGGCGUGGAGGUUCCGUCGAAGAGGCCAAGCGCCCGCAGUGAUAUUCCCAGCAGCCAACCAUGGUCCCAGUAUACUCUUACACAUCUUCUUGAGUUGUUCUUCCGAUCUUGACAAGAAAUAUUUUUGGUGAACACCACGAUAGAGCAGACAGCUUCGCUUCAAAAUCUGUAGAAGUUUAAGUUAUUGCAUGGAUGCGGCAUUGGUCCCUCAUGAUCCUCUGUGAGAAGCUUGCAUGUACGAUUUAGAGCUCGUUGCCGUUAUGCAGUACUAUCCUAUGGUGCAUGAUAAGUAGACCUGUUGUUGGCCAUCAUAUUUCAACGACAAGGCAUGCCGCUAUGUAUACUAUAGGGCGCGCGUAUGCUAAUGUAUUUGUAUGGUUCUGGUAUUUGGUAACCUGAAUUUGAUCACAAGGAUUCUCCUCUUGUUUUCCUUAUGAUCCCAAUCUAUCAGGUUACCAAAUACCAGAAACAUUCAGUAUUAUCACGCUGACACUAAUUUCAAUUUUGGCGACGCAGUAGAAGCCAUUGAGCCUUUUUGUUUUUUUACCUAUCUCAGGCAUUUCGAAAUUUCCGAAGAUAGUCUCGUGAUCUGGCGAUACCGCUUUACCGCAGACGGUCACUCAAAGUUCGUUGAUGCGUACAUCCACACCAAGAUUCUAGAGGCGUCAGAGCGAGACACGAAGGACUGGGAGUUUCGCGGUGCGUUGGCGCGAUAUGAGCCUACUCCCAGUUACCUUCAUCAUCUAAGGCCACCGGAUGAUAUUGAGAGCAAGGGAAGCAAAGGCGAAGCAGUGUCCUGCCUGGGGCCGCCUCAGCAGUUGCAGAUCAAAGGCCCUGACGUUUUUGUCGAAAGUCCCCGCAAGGGUGCGACUUCGUCAGUGGGAAAACAAGGCAAGAAGUGUGCCUCUUUUGGCACAACCAUGACAAUGCCACGCAUUGGAGGGUUUGGCCCAUUGCCGUCGUUUCCCCCGUCCGAAGGAGUACCUCAGUGGUAUCCAAAAGGGGCACCUCUGUCGGCACCAGGAAAGGCGAAGAUGGGAAAGUCCUCCUCCUCGCCUUUUGCUGCACAUUUCGCACCGCAGGCGCAAACCAAAAGUAAUGCCCCAGAUCUCACUGUGCUGCAACAGCAAUUUUAUAACCAUAGUAAUCCAUUAGCAGAUGACUCGACGCAUGCACAUGUGGGACAAGCUGAAAAUCGACAGGAUACUACAGCACCAAUGACGCUGGAUGCUGCUCUUCAAACCGGCGAUGGCGGAAUGGGUAUCGAGUAUCUUUAUAUCUAAUUCUAAUAUUUAUUUCAAACACAAAGAUGAAGCUGUCACGUCUGGUUAACUAUUUUCACUCUCGACGACUCCUCUGGCGGUGGCUUGACAUCAAUACUUUUCCGAAGAUCUAACUACUUACAUAAAGUUCUUCGUUGUGCUUGUACUUCACGCGAAGUGUAUGCUAUUCUUUAACUCAUUUAUUUCCUACCUCUCCAGGACCAGGAGGGCCAGCCUUCUUCGGCCCCCCAGCAAAUGGAAUAGGACGCAUGGAUGUCGCUGAGGCACUUCAGGCUAACGUCGAGUACGCAAAAAGCACAAGUGCUUCCUCUGCUGCUAUGGACGUUGAUGCAAGAACACUUCCAACGGCAACAGCAGACGCCGGCCCAGCAGCUACAUCCCAUUUCCGCCUAGAACAAAGCGAGAGCAUGCUGCAAGUAGGUGGAGAAGCUCCUUCGAACGCAAUGCGGAGCGCAGAAAGUGCACCAGCUGCCACGCAUGCGAGAGAGAGUGUUGUGGAGGCUGCUCAGCCUCAAACUGAUACGACGAAUACAACUGAUCUACUUCAAGCUGGAGAGGGAGCGCCUGUUGCAGCGGCGGAACCUGUCGCGAACUCAAAGAAGGACAUUGUUGACACGAUAUCAGUCGAGUUCGUGAAAAAUUCGAAAAAGAACCUUGACACAGAAGGAAGUGAUGCGCAAGCAAGUAGAGACGCUGACGGAAUGACGCAAAGUGAAAUGGCGACGCAACGUGCUGAAAUGGCGAAGUCAGCCAGUUCAAAGACUGACCUGGACGAAACGUGCGCCACACCUGUUAUUGCUGGGGCGAUGACGAGGGAGCAAACAGAAACAGCCGCGAAUAUUGUUGAUGACAUUUCUAACAUGAUGCUAGGCUGCUCGGCGGCGCGCACGGGCGCAGAUACGAUGGAGAAGGCAGGACCUGUCCCUUUACCAGGAGACGACAAUAACUCCACUGAACUGCACCGGCAAGAAGCCUCAAGAGAUGCUGGCGACAACACCACGGGAAAAAAAGACGGAGAUGUGAAACCAAUGUCGCACAGCAGGACUGCUACUCACAGUGACAUUAAAGUGAAGGAAGUUGCAGAGGCUGGGCGGACAGCGGGAGGCACGGAGACACUGAAGAGAGAGGCCAGAGGGUCGACAGGAGAGGAACAAGCCUCUUCGAGAAUCGAAGACGAUCAUGAAGAUGUGGAUUUCGGUGAGGAGAUUUCGGCCUCGCAGGCUGCCACAGCGAAACGAUCUGCGUCUGAUCGCCUCGAAGCGCAGGACGGCGAGGAUAAGGAAAUAGGCAAUGCACGAGCGGAGUUGCAACGAGGCGCCUCCAAUUUAGUUGCCAGACCGACCUCUCAGAGUAACCGGCGAGAAGGCAAUGCGCCGGCAGCACAUGACAGUGCUGACGCAGAUCGAGCAAGCGGGGGCGCAGACGCUGAAAUCCCGACCCAGACAAAUAGGAAGAGGCGACGCAUCAGACAAGCACAGAGUGAUGGGAUGACGCCGUCCAGUGAGCAGCGAGAGGGAAGGCCUCUAGAGACGAUGGAAUCGCGAUCAAGGUCGCAAAACAAAAGCGAGAUGAAGAACUUAGGCAAGUGCAGCAGCCGUAGUCGAGCAGGAGAAGUGCCACAAAAGAAGCUUGGUAGCGAUACUAGGCCCUCCGCCACGGAGUCAAUAAGAUUCAUGGGGAAAGUGGGGCACAUCGACGUUGGUCGCGAUCGAUCACCACCUCGCGGCCGCUCGCGAUCAAGUCUACAAGCCAGCCGCCAAAGGCAACAACAGCGAUGGCCGCAGGCGCCCGAGCAAUCUGCCGAGCAACAUUACAAUUUGGAUCAUGGGCGACGCACGGAUCAGUCUUCUAUUGCUGUCGUCGCUAUGGCUUGUCUCCUGAUAGCUCAAUAUCAAGCAGCCAGAUCUCCAUCCUUAGCAAUUCCCUUGAUGAGAGGCGUUGAGUCAGAAGUUGGGCGUCUUUUCGUUUUCACUUUUUGCUUGCUUUUCUGAGUUGGCAGUGGGGUGUCUACGUCUUAUAUUUUAAUCUUUGUAUUUUCAUGAGCAUGAUGCUAAUGCUUACAUAUCAUUUUUUAUAUAGACAUGGAUCAUGCAACAUGAGCAUUAGAUAGGUCACCUCGUCUCCAGUAAGAUAUCCGUGGAUCAUGUCUUCGACUUCGAAGUAGUUCGUUGUGGAGUAUUUUCCACAUUAUAUUAGGGGAAGCUAGGCGCACUAGAGUGGCUUCCAUAGUAGGAAUUCCGUAUUUGGCGAGCACUCUAAUACGCGGGAAAAGAAACAAGGGCUUCCCCGAUGGGCGCAGCACCCAUAUAACUUCGGCCCACCACUCGAAGGCCUCAAGAAAGCACAGACAAGGUACAAGCGGCGAAAUCAAGCAAUUGAAGAGGAGUGUCCCGAAUGUCCUGCGGCAAUCAAGGAACGCGGAAAAAUGGCUCAGUGGUAUCUCGACAGCAAGUUCGAUCCAGCCUGGCAUCUCGGUCCCGCUCCGAAGGGCACAUCGCCGCCGAAUGGACCAGUUCGGAGAGUGAAGAAGCCACUUCGUGGCUCAGACGCGGAUCUCGACGCUGGUAAUAGUUGUAUGCACACCCCUGAAUACCGCUACCAGCCUCUAGACGAUGCGGACCCGCCCUUUCAUCCUUUCCAUCUCACCUACUAUCCGGGGGAUGCAGGCUCGCUAUUUUUGGUGCACGAGAGAAAGAGAUUCGAGGAGCGUGAAAGGCUGAGAGCGCUCAAGGCGAAAGAUGGCACACCCCUUCUCAGUGAGGUAGAAGUAUGGAACCGCUUUUUUGGACGACAAGUUUUGGAGAGCGACCAUUGGCCAGCCCCGCAGACAACCAACAAAGCGUCUGGCCCCGGUCACCGCGGCACACCCUUUGCGGUGGGAGCACUCGAUGACGGUCUAACAAGAAAGAUACAGCGAGAACCAACCACUUUCGAGAGAGACAGUCUUGGACCUUCAGGGAGCGACCGAAAACCAGCCUUGCAGGCAAACAGCAAGGCGUCCGGCCACCGCGGCACAACUUGUGCGUCAAUGUCAAUCGAAGCCGUCGUGCCUGUUGAAAUCAACGCCGGCGCAUCCGGUUCGAGCGAUGUUCUUGCAGUGACGUCGGUCACAGACGAGGCCGCCGUAGCAGACGAGGUCGCGCCUGUGGUGAUUACUGGCGAACCGGAUACACGUGGGCGUGAAGGUGAUGCUGCAGCCACGUCAAGCGAAGACGAGCCAGGUUCAUCAAGCGGCUCUGUACCUCAAGCACCCAGUGCCGCGUCCUCUUUACACAGUGCUGUACUUGUGGCAGCCUCCAGGACAAGUGCAUCAGGCUCUAAAAAUCAUAUGCCAAGUAAUGCCGCACCCGGGUCAAGUAAAAACAUUGCACCUGCGGCUUCAAGUGAUGACCCAGCUGAGUUUUCCGCUGCUGUACCCGCGGCAAAGACUGAAGAUGGAGCUGAGUCCAGCGAGGCUCUACCCGCGGCAAAGACUGAAGAUGGAGUCGAUUCCAGCGAGGCUCUACCCGCGGCAAAGACUGAAGAUGGACUCGAUUCCAGCGAUACCGCAGAAAAAACUGAAGACGCAGGUGAUUCCAACGGAUUUGUACUUGCGGCAAAGACUGAAGACGCAGAUAAUUCUAACGGAGUUGUACCUGCGGCAAAAACUGAAGACGCAGUAGAUUUGGACAGUGGGGGGGCAAACAUUGACGCAUUUGAUUCCAGCGAAGCUGUUGUAGCUGCGGGAAAAGCUGAAGAUGCGGAUGCGGUGGGCGACGGUGUACCUGCUUUUCUAUAUUCGGCAUCCGAACUCGCUGAAAGUGUGGUUGUGCCCACAGGCGUAGCGUCCGCCGAUAAAGAGGUUAGAAAAAUCAUGGUUCCCGCAGACAGCAUCAAGAAUACAGAGCUAGCGCAAGCCGCUGCCGCUGCGAGCGAUUUGGAAGUAUGUCCCCCGGAGCAGAAGAGGGCAAAAACGAGCGAACGAUCGAGCAAGAGUCUAGAAAAAACGGCCGAGGCAGCAGCAGCAGUGACGGUCGCGACUGCCGAGCUGGAUAUGGAUAACGGCAGUGAUGAGCAGGAAGACAUGAUCAGUAGCAAGGACGGCCCGAGAUUAUGGCAAGCCAUUAUUGACUUAUUUACUAAUUUAGUGUCGCAGAAGCAGAAAAAGAUCAAGAAUACAUCAUAGGACUCCUGCUCUCUUGAUUAUUAGCACAAGGGAUGUCAGACUCCGAUGACGAUGAGGUCAAGUUACUGACAGCAGUUUGAGAGGUACUUCUACUUACUUUUGUAAUCAGUCCCGGCGUCGGCGUCGCCUCGUAGGGAUAAGGAUGCUAAUUUCAAAAUAGCGCGUUACUGCAUGCUAUAAAGCUCUAAUGCAAAAAGCGGCCGUGGACGAACCACACCGGCGGCAGGGAGCGGCGGCACGGCCACACCGUCAGCGCAGCAGAAGCCGAAGAAGGCGCAGCAGGAAGCGCCGCCACGACUCGUCCCGAAGUCGGAGGCGCCGCAGAGAUCGGAAAGACAGAAGACGAGAAAGACCAGCAAGUCCUCAAAAGGGCGAUGGCCAAAAAGCAGACAGUUCGCGUGCGGCUCCGAGUUCGUCUACAGCAGCCUCACCAAAUCUAAGCAGAAAAAAUCUUGGAGAGAACAAGCAGGAGGCUGGUAAAAGUCAACCGGUAGAGGCAGUUUCCCGAUCGAACCGCGGCGAAAAGGGUUCCGGUAAGGGUAGCCGACGAGGCGAGAAAAGUUACAAAGGCACUACUGGUAAAAACAGCGGUCCCUUCACCAGGAGAGAGUCCGGAGGUAAGAAAGGCUCUUCCAGCUGGCCUGGCAAACUCGAAGAUAUUUUCGCUGCAUCUACGAGCUCGUUGUGCACAACAUCUUGGCCAUCCUCCGCAACCCGCUCUUCAGCCCAGCCUUCAAAUCAAAAGACUGGUGACAGUGACGAUAUUUUCGCUUUUGUCGACCUUUCUCUGGGUGAUGCAGCUUCGAAAGUGCCACCCCCACUGCCUUUGGAGACUCCUACAUCAACAAAGAAGGGUACGACCCCCACAGGCAAAACGGGCAAAUUUGGAGGCAAGCAGGGAAAAGGGCGAACGCCUCGCGUGGCAGAAGCUGCGGCAGGCAAGUCCGGAAAGUCCGCAGCGCAUCAAGACGGGAAAAAGUAUGACUGAUUUUUGCUACAAGUAGCUGCUGUGUCAAACGAGAGAAGCCGCUGGAUUUUCGUCAGAGUAUAGUAUCAUUUCUGUUGGAUCAUCGACGGACUUCUUAUAUCUAUCGAUACAUUUAGGAAAAAGCAAGAAUGACAAAAAUUAUCGCCCAUGCAUAGAUAAUAGAUAACAUCUGCUUCUGCUACUGCAAGAUGUGGGUUAAGAAGUCAGUCGCUUUUACUUACAGAUACAUGAUACAAGAAACAUACGGUAGUAGAGAUACACGACGAGGGGCUUCACGCUCUAAUAGACGGGUAUGAAGCCUGCAACCGCGGAUGCCGGAGGGACCACCACGGCGAGUAGUGUGGAUUACGGAAAAAUUUACAAUGCGUGGAACGGUCUCCCUCUAUCAGCUGCGCCGAAGAGUGAGAACGAAUCAACGCAAGACGAAAAGGUACAAGAAAAGACGGCCUGGGAAGCUCCGCCGCCACCACCUCCUCCUCCACCGCCGGAAGAAGAUGUGGUACGCUAGGUCUAGGUAUUGCUUUUGUUUCCAACUCUAGAUUUAUCAUUUGAAUGUAUAGUUUGGUCUCGAAAGUGACUCUGACGGGUCAACAUAAAAAGUUGCAUCACGCGCUGCUCAGAUGUCGUCUUGCUUCUUCAUCUUUUCCUUCUAUUAGUACUGGCCUAUCGACGUGAGAAGGAUGGUGAAGGAGCCGGUUGCUUGCAAUUGUGGUGUGCAUCAGUUUCAGUAUCGACAAGGUGGCUCGUUAGGAAAUUUUCUCAAUGCAGUUGUAGGUCGAAUGAAAUGUUGUGGCCUAGUGAAGAUCCCCGACAAUGCAACAGGUUUCCGAAGAGGCAGGAAAUGUGGGGAAAAGUGGACAGAGCAAAAAACUUUCGUUUUGUGGUGAGGAAUUGGAUGCCAUGACGGCGAGCAGUUGGACGUGAGUGGUGUGCAGCCAUCGCCGUCCGAAAUUUUCCUAGGCCAUAGACACUAAUAAGAGAAGCAUUCCCUCUUUUUUGAUCUUGCUAUUGAUCCUGAAGUCUGAUUUUCUUGAUCUUGUUAUUUUCUUAUCUCUACGGCAUCAUCAACAUCAUACUAAUCUUUCAUUUGUUCUAUUGAUGUGAUUUUAUUACUUUUUCUUGCUUCUUGUUCUUCAACCAAUCGAUCAUCAAUGAAUAAAAUAUGACUGAUGCAGCACUUUUCUCAUUCAAAAAAUUACGUGGGAUACACAUGAUCGAAAUCAAAGAACAAAAAACUUCUCUACCAAAAACUGUAGCUAUGCAGGAGUGAAAAAGACUCCUUAGCGCGUAGCUAAGAGAAGGAAGCCACCGGAGCUGUGUGCUCUAAAAUCACCUUUACAAGGAAGUCGAGGAACCAGUCAACGCCGUGCGAUAUCACUAGGACGAUUCGUGGACGAACGAAACGAAUGCUUGAGAUAAUGAGGCACAAGGGGAAAUGAUUUCGAUGGCGUAGCCUGUUUAUGUUGUUCCUCGAGGUCGAGGAACAUUUUUGGCAAGAUUUUUCUGAUUGUAGAAUCUAUUAUCCCGUGGCAUGAAGAUCUGACGCAUGGAGACCACAAUCUUUGAAGUGUUCGCAUGAUCAAGUACCGCGCACAACCACGCACUCUAAAGAGAAGUAGGUGAUGAUAAUUUUGGCGCGCAAAAAGACAAAUAUCACCUUCUGAAUUUUGACACAAACUUGUAAAUACUAUGCCACUUUGACCUCGAGACUAAAGCACCCACUCCGACCCUGAUGACAUGUACUUAGCAGAAUCCUUCCUGCGCUAUCAUUCCUCUUAUAUAUACCCGUACUACACACCUAAAAACACAAAUACUUGCGCAGCGAGAUUGUAAGGCACCAAAAAAAAGGCCGGGCACAUGAGUGAAUGAAUUGAAGGCGCGCAACGCGGUAAGCGACCGCAGUCUGAGUCGA